UAUUUGGAAGAAGAGAAUUAUAAUACUUACAACGCUCUACAAACUGACCGACUGGAAAAAUUACUUGUUGGAGUUCAGAAUAUACAUGAAAAAAAACAGGCGAAAAUCGAAGAUGACAUCAACAAGCUAAGAAUGAACAUAAAGGCAAAGAAGAAGGAAAAUGAGAAAUUAGCUAAACAGAUCAAAAUCAUUAAUGUCCAAGUAAAUGAUCGGAGACAUAUUGCUAAUGUCUGUCAGGAAACUCCGGGAACAUACGAGAGAGUGAAAUACUUCAACAUAUGUCACCGCAAGAAGCUGAUCAGCAGAGCCAAGAAACAAGCAGCGGAACUGACCACGUUGCGCCAAGAAGUUGAACGUUUGCGAAGAAGAACAUUCCCAGCUUUGAUUUGAGAUUGUGGAAAACAAAAAACAUCCUUCAAUGAAAAUUACCAUAAAAAUACAAUUAGCUGGUGGAACUUGUGUUGACAAUUUGAUUAUUUAUCUAUACAAUAAAAGCUUAUAUAAAAAUGAUGUUGAU